AUGAAGUCACUCACUUUUUCUUGUUUCCUCGGCCUUCUACAGGCUGCUGGAACGUUUGCAAUCGAGUAUCCGGCAAGCCUCAAUGACACGACAAGCCACACCAACCCUUUUUUCCUACAAAUCUGGUCCAGUGUCAAUCCAGCAUAUGCCUUCCAAGCCAUUGGGGUGAAGCCACUCGAGGACGGGAACUGGCAGGCCGCGGUCGGCCAGGACAGCGUGGUUGUCGCAUUUCAGCUGGUAGGCGGCUAUCUGAGCAUCACCAGCCCCGAGGGCCUGCACGGUGCUGCAGACGGGUUCGGCGCACUCUUUGGGCCCAAUACGGCGGGCGGUGAAUUCAUUUCUAGGCAGUUCUACUUUACAAAUGCGACAGACCAGACACACGAUACAUGGGAAUUGCUCAACCUGAGUGAUGACGGCCUUUACAGUCUUCUCAGUAAUGAGCACGGUCCAUCAACAUUUAAUGGACUCAAUGCUGACGCCAAGAAAGGUUUCAAAGUAUGCACAGAAAAUAACAGUACUGGAUACUAUAUCAAAUACGAAGGCAGUGCCGAUGGUGCUGUCUCUCAAGGAUGCGAUGCCAUUGCGCUAAGAACCUACUUUGGACCACCCUUUUGA